AUGUUGCACAUCCUAUUGAUAUCAUCGGAGAACUACAACAAACAGGACAAAGAAGGAAAAACGCCAUUGCAUUACGCAUGCAUGAAUGCUAGCCCUUGCAUUCUGCACAAGCUUCUAGAUAAAACCCAAGGAUCAAUCAAAGACGUUUACGGGGACAUCCCCUUGACAAUUGCCAUUAAGUACAACAACGAAAGAGCAGUGGACAUGCUGUGGCAUAGUGUCCACUUUGAUGCAUCAACAAGAGACAAUCAACAUAAUACGCUGAUUCACAUGGCCUGCCGCCACGAAAAUCUGUCACUUUUAAAAAUAAUCUCCUCUCGCACAACAGACUUCAAUGCGAGAAAUAUGUAUGACGAAACACCUCUUCACAUCGCAUGCUCUGUCAACAAUCUAGCGGCAAUUAAAAUGCUAAAAGAAAAGUACGUGGACAGAAACGCACUAGAUGUGAGAGGACAAACGCCGUUAGUCAUAACGGCAAGUUUUAAUUACACGGAAGCAGCAAAGGAACUGUUCGACGACACAGACACGCCAGUCGAUCCUAUUUUUUUAAAUGACGACUUAAAUUCGACUGAUGUAAUCAUCGUAAAUGGCGAACCUGUCAACAUAAAAACGUGCAUUCUUCUGGACGCCGCAGACGAAAAAGGAAACACGGCAUUGCAUUAUUGUUCCCUUUUUGGAAAUAAUGAACUAGCCAAUUUCCUCAUCCUCAAAGGCGAAAGAAUAACAUUACUCAACAACGAACAAGACUCCCCAGUGACCAUUCUAGCUAAACUGCCAUCUGGAUACAAUUGCCCCAUAUAUACAAAGGUAUAUGCACCCCAGCAGGAGAUGCCGUGGAAUGCACCAGAAUUGGACACUCAGCAGUUAUUUCCAGAGGAAGGACAAAGUGACCUAGAAACUGACCUAAUGUUUCUUUAA